GUGAAACAGAAAAUGGAUGACUCCUGUUCAUUCCUACUUUUACCUGUAACUUGGAAGAGGCAAAUAAUGUCAGUUAGAGUCAGAAUGGUGAAGCCAAGACUAGAGGCAGAAUCAGAAGUACUGUAGAAAACUUAGGAACAAGAAAUUUUACCUUUAGUACACACCAUUUUUUGAUUGUACAAAAUAGGUUUCUGAGUAAAAAUUGGAGUCUUAUUCAUUUAUCUUAUUUUGGAAAAUCUGAGUUGACAUAAUUUGGUUUAGGCUCUCUUUUCAGUAAAUAAUCCUUUCUAAGCAUCCUGAGAGAUGUAUAUAAUUAAAAUCACAUGAUUGUGUGUGUAUAAAUGUGCAAAACCUAUUAGGAUAUCUUUAGUCUGGAAAUAAACUAGAGAGUGUAAGAUACAGUCUUUUACUCUGUCUGUAAAAUCUCAUCUUUGUCAUCAUUCAGCUGUGCCUUCUUUGGGAGCCUGUUUUCCGUCUGACGCUGGGAUAUUCUGUUCUGGUUGCUUUUCUCAUGUGUUUUUCCUUUCUCUGUUCCUGCAAUUUCCUGUAAUUACAUCCUUAGCUGUCAUCCCUUUUCUUGGGCAUGUUAUACGUUAGCUCUCUUUGCUAACAGUUUCCAGGUUUAUUUCACUUAUAUGUUUAAAAAGAAACUGGCCACUGGAUUCUGAACUCAUAGCAUUUCUCCAUACCAAUUUGCUCUGCAGUUUUCCUAUUCUUUCAUCUUGCAGAUAUUCUUGCUGCUUAGCAUAGCAAAAAUGGCUUAUGUUAAUUAGCUCUUCUUACUAUCCCUUGCUCACAUCAUGUAUAACUGAAGUAUUUUACAUGUGACACAUUUGCAACAUCUCAAUUAGUCAUCCAUACAGAUAAGGAAUUUUCUUUCUUUGCUGUUACUUCUGUCCUGACCUUUUCUUUCAUAGUCUUCAUGGUAUUGUUGCUCGAUGUAUUCUCUUGGAAUUUUCCAGGCUGUGUUAUCUCAUUUGGUUUUAUGUAUGUCCUUUCUAUGGUGGUGGUUAAGCAUUUUGCCUAAAGUUAAAGUUCUUCCAGUUGAAAUUCUGUUAACUUGCACUUAUGCAUAAACUUGUAUUUCAUCUCCUACCUCCCUGUUCUUGCCAGAUUUGUGUUAUCAGGCAUUUUUUUUCCUUACUCUGCUUUUUCCUUGGAGCAGCCUUUCAUGUCACACCUGCUAAACUCCUUAUUCCAACUCACUUUUGCCAUAAAGAUCUAUAAAGCCAUUCAGCAUGUGUCCGCAGGAUAUAAGUCUAUACUUCAGUCUCCUGAACUCUGCAUUCAAACAAUCCUUACUCUAUCUAAAGUUCAAUUUUCUUUGAGACAUAUUAGAUUUUAGCUGUCAAAGCUGUCUGAGGUCUGCCAUUCAUUUUUGCAGAAAGGUUAGAAUUAUAAUCUAUUAGAAAGUUUUGCUUGUUUUUCAAAAUACUUAUUUGACUUUGUCAGUAAAGAUUUUAGCACCUUAUGUAUUUGCAAUACAGAAGUAUUCCUUGUAAUAUCUUUACUGUGCCUCUUAGAAUGGUGAACCUGAGAAAGAAAUAGGCCUUUAACAAGCCUGUCAGCUAUGCUUUUGCCUUUGCUUGUGUAUGGAAAUUUACUGUAUGCUUUUAUUCUUGUUAAGGAAGGGAAUGGCAAGCUGAAGGGAGUAAUAUAAAGUGAUGUGAAAAUCUGAUUUAACGCUUGCCUGUUGUUCUGAAGGACAGCUCAGUGAAGGUAUAGGUUGUUUGCACAAGAGGGAUCCAUGAACAGUAUUUGUUAAAAAGUAGUGAGAAUCCUUGAAAAUUAAAUUAGAGGUGAUAUAUAUGGCUAUUGUUACUAAAAUCUGAGGGUUUCCAUUGCUUUGGGUUUAAAUUUCGUAAAUGUCCUCUUGGGCAAGAUUUCACAAAAACUCCAACCUACGGUCUUGUGGGAGGGAAACAGUCUAUUUAAUGAGGAUUUGGUACCUCCUUAUGGUAUUGCACCCUGCUGUAGAGUCUCUAGACCUCCGAGACUGUGAUAUUUCAGAUAGUGCAUUACUGCAGCUUCAUAACUGCAAGCGAUUGAAAAAAAUCAACUUAAACUCUUGCAGAGAAAACAGAUUCGGAAUCACUUCAGAAGGUGUCAUAGCACUGGCCUUAUCCUGUCCUUACUUGCGUGAAGCGUCUUUUAAAAGGUGCUGUGAUAUAACUGACAGUGGAGUUCUUGCUCUUGCACUCAACUGCCAGUUCCUACAAAUAGUGAACUUGGGCAGUUGUUCGGGCAUCAUGGAUGCAUCUCUGCAAGCACUAGGAGAAAACUGCAAAUUUCUUCACAGUGUGGAUUUCUCAUCUACUCAGGUAACAGAUGAUGGCGUUGUAGCACUAGUGAGUGGAACAUGUUCAAAGAAUUUAAAGGAGAUCCACAUGGAACGCUGUGUGAAUCUGACUGAUGUCGCUGUGGAAGCAGUCCUUACUUGUUGUCCGAAGAUACACAUUUUUCUGUUCCAUGGAUGCCCUUUGAUAACAGAUCGUUCCCGAGAAGUUUUAGAACAGCUGGUCAUAUCAAACAAAAUCAAACAAGUAACAUGGACUGUUUACUGAUUAUUUAUCAUGUACGUAUGAGUGUAAAGUUUACAGUUGGGAGAGCUCUUUCAGAAAACAAGCUCCUUGAAGAAAUAGCACCUUGGUGACUUUUGGACCACCAGAUUGCUUCCCUCCUUGUUCCCACCAGAGGUCUCCAUCGCCAUUCCAGUCCUUGCGUGUGAGUCUGGGCUUCCCCAUUGUCUGUACUUAAAGCCCUGUCUGUCUUUGCAUUGCUAAUCAUACUUCAGUAAGAGGAAAGUUAAACUAUAAUUAAUAUUACACUAUCAUCGCUCAGCCUCCUUCCAGUAUGAGAUUUGGCUACUACUUUGCAUCUUUUACCACCAUAGUUACAUAUACAAACCCAAUUUAAGUAAGUCUGUGUUCAGAGUUCAUAGUCUGAGAGAGUGGUUGCAACUAAAAGUACCAACGCGAACAUUAUUCAGGAGUGUCUGUAAGGUUGGGACUGUAAUCUAACAAAAGUCAACAGAUAGAACUGGUGACAGGAAGUGACAUUAACAGCAAGGCAAAUGUAUUUUUAGUAAGAAACAGUCUCCUUUCACCAUGUAUUUUGCUAGUUCUGGAAGCAAAACUGUAGCUACCUUUCUUUUGAUGUUACUGAUGCUGCAGGUUUCUGUUCUUAUUUAGCAUCUAAUGCUGGAUUUUUACACAUCAAAAACUACAGUGUGUGAACAUGUAAACAUAAACUUGCUUUGAAAUUGCUGAGGUGACUUAAUAAACUACAAAGUAGUAGCUAUGACUGAUUAAAAAAAUCUUGUAUAUGGGCACAUACUUAUGUGCUCUGGCUUUUGCCUAAGUUGACAAAAAUCCUUCUAGGGAACAAAAUAUUGGUCCUCAUAAGCAUCGCUGUGAGUGAAAUAGGACCAAAUUGAAUGUCUGAGUACAUGAAUCUCAGGCUGGUAGAGUUCAGCAGAGUACAUGUUCUGAUGUGUGCCGUUUAUUAUCUUUCCAGUAGCCCCAGAAGCUGAAAAUAACAACUACUUACAUAUUGUUCAACUGUAGUCAUAGUGAAGAAAAAAUAUUAGAAGUGUAAAAUGAGUUUAUGACAUGAUGAAGCAGUGGUCUCAUCACAAUAAGAAGUCAUGUUCAUUGGCUUUCUUGAAACAGCAUAACCUCUAGUGACACUUUUAUGAUUUUUUUUUUUACAUUAAACUUUUAAAAAUGUUAGCAAUUUUAGCAUUAUACAGGGCAGGUACCACACUAUGUUGAUAUUCUGCAUCUGGAAGUAGCAGGGUUUAGCUAGGGUGGUCUUACAUGGAUCUGAUGACACUUAGGAAGCCGUGAGUUUAGGCAACCAUAAGGAAUAUGUUUACAUUAUAAUUUAACACUUGUCAUAGCCACAGUUAUUUGAAGUGUUGCAGAAAUAAACCAGUCUUCUACUAACCUAUUUAAAAUUCAGGUCAAAUUGCAUGGAAAAUAAUAAUAUAUGUUGCAUCCGGUAAUAUUAAAGGAUAUUACGAUGUCUGACAAUAAUCUCUGUUCUUCUGUUGAUUAUAUGGUUUAUGGAAGAGCAAGUUCAUGUAGAAAAUUUGUUCAAGUGUAACUGAAAGCAUAAUUUUCAAACUCCAGUGCCUAAAUGCCUGGCUUCUGCUGCAUGCAGUGCCAUGGCUCAGCCUGGUGAUGAAUGUAUUCCUAUGAUACCUAUAGGUAUAGUGGCACUAGUACAAACCAUUCCUGCAAACAGGAGAAGUUGGUUUUGCUACAUUAGCAACUUGCGUCUGAAGGCUGUAACUGCAGUGAAUCCUUGGAUCAGAUUGAGGCUUAAGAACCUAAUCUACCACAUUUUAUUCCCUUUCUUGGCUAAAGAGUAGUUUAUUGGAUUGCCCUGUGGAAUCCCUGGUAUCAGUGAGGGCCCGUCAUUUCUUUGAAGUCCUGGACAUGAGUUGGCAAUAAAUUUUUUUUGCACUAUUUUUCAUAUUGAUCCAUCUAGCUGAUUAGGCAGCAGCAAUGACACGCUCAGUAGUUGUGUCAGAUGAGUAAAGCAUAAGGAUGAGGCUGCCAGCCCUGGCUUCAGGAAAGGCACUACAAAAAGAGUAAGUAGAACUGUGAGCUAACUCAAGUGGGAAGGGGCCUCUGAAGUUUUCUAAUCUAACUUCCUGCCCAAAGCAGGGCCAGCUCAGAACUCAAACCUGCUUACUUAGGGCUUUAUCCAGCCAAGUCUUGUAAAACUGAAGAUGACAGAGCCUUCAAAACCUUUGGAGGCAAUUUGUUCCGUGGCUUGGCUGUAUUAAUGGUGGGAAGAUUUUCCCUUCUAUCCUGUUUUGACCCUCUUUUGCUUACAACCUUUCUCACUGGAAGAGCCUGGCUGUCUUACUGCCAACCUCCUCAUAGGUAUGGGCAGGCUGCUUGCAGGUCCCUUGAAGCCUUUUCUUUUCCAAGCUGAAGAAGCCCGGUUCCGUCGGUCUGUUAUUGUAAAACGUGUAACUACAACAUAGUGUGGUGACUGUUGCCAGGCUCUCAUCUCAGGUGCUACAUCCAGAAAGAAGAUUCUAAAUGGAAAUGAUGUAAAGCAUCUAAAGGUGUAAGAGCACCGAAAUCUUUAACAGCAAAGGACACUUAAAACCAUAUCUGUGGGAUGGUGCUGCUGCUAAUCUCACUGCCGAAGUUGUCCUUUAUCCCCUUGUUAAUGUAAGUUUGGAUUUGGCAUGGUGAAGGCAAAUGCAGCUUACAUUGUGUCCUUAACUGUGCAUGUAGAUUUACCAUCGGUCUCCUAUUGCUCUUCUAAAUGUAUAACUUAGUGGUAGAUUCUCAUCUGUGCUUAAAAACCUGUACAACACUACAGUGAAUUACCAAUGUAUUUUUAGGCUUGAAAGUUUAACGUAAGUUAUGUUAAAUCCUUCAGUGUCAGAGCUUGAGUCCGUGUGCUUAUGUGUUUAUUACUAACAUAACUACUGGAAUAUUUAUUGAUUCAAGUUAAAUCACAGUCAUUUUCAACAAAUGUUUACAAGCAUUGGGUGAAGUGGGAGAAUGUCUGGUAUACACUUACCACUUCAUAUUCCAUAUUAUUUGGAUAUUGUUAUUGUUGUAUAUUGUUGGGUGAGCACUGCAGAAUACUUACAUACUGUACUGAAGAUUAAAGCUUGCAAGUCUUCUGUUUGGAUAGUUAUGAAAACUUUUAAAGUUAUAUUUUGUAACCGUGUACAUCUUGAAUGUGUUCCUAAACCUCCUACUUCAUAAACACCAUAGUUUUCUGAGUACCACCUACUUUUUCAUGGUUAUAAGCUUCCACCACAUCACCUAGUAUUUGGAUAGUUGUAGGUAGACUGUGUUCCACUGCAGUUACUAGUUCCCCAUCACUGCUUGUCCAGUAAUUAACUGCUAAAGGUGACACUUCCUGCAAAACUUCUCUGAAAUGUUGGGUUCUUCUUCAAAUGGCUGCAUUCACCACCUCUGACCCAUGUUUUAACCCUGCAGAGGGUUCUUUGACAGACAGAGCUGAGAAUGAUUCUUGGGCUUCUUGUUCAGCAUCUCCUCAAGAGAAGAGAAAAAUAAUUGUACCUGACUUUUUGGUUCCUGUUUUUAGUUAAUUACUUUCUGUUCAGAACCAUCAAGGAAGGAAAGAUUUCUUUACCCUCACUUGCUUUCCGUGGUGAGAGAUUGCCUUUUUUUACCCCUGCAAAGUUAGAGUGUAGAUCAUUUGACCUACUCUCUAAGGGAUAAAGUUACCCUAUAGCCAUUAUUAUUUAGUCACUUUCCACUUAGUAAAAACUUCAGCUUUAGCUACAGUUCAAGCAGCAUAUUUUAGAUACGUGUGCAACUCCUGAAUAACCACUCGGGCAACUUCAAGGAAGAGAAAAGUUUUUAUUAUAGAGGGGAGGGGCGAAAGAUUCAAAUAAGUUACUUUGACAUUCAGAAGAGAUACCCAGAAAAAGAGCAAGGCACUUUAAGUUGAGCACAGUAUGAGCUAAUACUUUAGUGGUGAGUUUCAUGAAGGACAGCAAUAAUUCUCACUGUAAAUAAGCUGCAGCAGUCUAUGAAAGCAGUGCAGUAGUACUUCAGCCACCACCUUUUCCCCACAGCAAUAUGCUGGACGUCCAAUGCAUUUCACAAUAGUGUCAAAGAGCAAGACAUAAAUAUACAUGAAAAACGUCAAGCAUGCAAACUCUUUCAUGGUACUUUUCUUUGGAUUUACACUUCAGAGCAGGCCCCUUUGAAUACAGUUUGCAUGUAGUUUUUACCUCAAAUGGAGCGAAAGCCUCAGUGAGUACGACCAAAAUCAAUACAGAGAAGGUACAGUAAUCUACUUUGCAUCAGCAGAUGUGUUUCACUUUGAAUUCCCAUUUUCAUUUUACACACUUACAAAAAAAAGCCAGCCAACUGAGACAGAAUUCAUCAGAAAGCCAGCUUCAGCAACCUUCCAAGCUAUCUGAGGGCUGAUAGCUCCAGACGAUACUUGAUGUUAAUCCAUUGUUCUCUUGUCUAGUAUACUCAGGAAGCGAAUAUUCUAUGACUUUGUGCAACUGACUGCGAAUGCGGUGGCUUAAAAACUGAUGCCUGCCAGGGUCACCAAUCAGCACUUCAGUUCGUUGUAUCCUGAUGCAUUUCCUCAGCCAGUGAUGCAGACCAUCAGCAAGCUGUUCAUCGUAAAACAUAUCUCCUAGAACAAUGAGGUCCCAGUUGCCAGCCUCUGAGUUUAUGAUGUUCUUAAUGGCGAUGGGGAAGGGAUUCAGGUGGUUCAGUUCACAGUUCAAGAUCAUUGCCAUUCCUGCAACUGAAAAAAAGACAAAGUAAAAUGAACGGUAUAUUUUUGGAUUUUGCCAUUCACCCCCCUUAUAAAUUUCCUUGACACAUCUUUCAA